AACUAAUCUUCACCCCUUUCUCUCUCAUUUCACUGCCGGAGCCGCCAGCCACCGCACCGCAACACCUUUGCACACCAGCUAAGUGUUAUGAAAACACAAUUUAAAUCCCAUACGACCCCUUAAACAUUAAAAGUUUUGCCGCCUGAAUCUACGAACGAAGAGGACAUAUUCAUCAUUUGCAGCCAAGCCCGUCUCUCUUUUUGGUUUAUUUUUAAUCUUAGUCCGCAUUGGGCCAUGGCGGACCUUGUGAAAGAAUUGGCCGUGCCAAUUCAGUUGGCAGACCUUAUUGUGAAGGCGGCAAAUGAGGCAUAUUCCUUUAAACAAGAUUGUCAAGAGCUAAGGUGCAAGGCCGAGAAGCUGGCGGCCCUUUUACGCCAAGUUGCACGCACAAGCAACGUGCCUUACCAGCGUCCAACGUUGAGAAUAGCUCAUGAAACGGAACAAGUUCUUGAGAAAACCUUAGCUUUAGUUGUAAAGUGUCACGCAAAUGGAAUCUUGAAAAGGAUUUUCACUAUUAUCCCAGCUGCAGCAUUUCAAAAAUCAUCAAUGCAGCUUGAGAAUUGUCUAGGAGACGUGUCGUGGCUAUGCCGAGUAUCGGCAUCAGAAGAGGAUCAAGAUGAUGAGUAUCUUGGUCUUCCUCCAAUUGCAGCCAAUGAACCAAUCCUGUGUCUCAUAUGGGAACAAAUUUCCAUUCUUCAUACGGGUUCCUUGGAAGAAAAAUCUGAUGGUGCCGCUUCAUUGGUUUCGUUGGCUCGCGACAAUGAUCGAUAUGGGAAGUUGAUUAUAGAGGAAGGUGGAGUACCUCCUUUAUUGAAACUAGCUAAAGAAGGAGGCAAAGAGGGUCAAGAGAAUGCUGUAAGGGCAAUAGGCUUGCUGGGACGUGACGCUGAAAGCGUCGAACACAUUGUGAAUGCUGGUGUGUGCGCAGUGUUUGCGAAAAUCCUCAAAGACGGUCACAUGAAGGUUCAAUCUGUGGUGGCUUGGGCGGUGUCAGAAUUGGUUGGAAAUCAUCGAAAAUGUCAAGAACAUUUUGCGCAGAAUAAUAUUGUUCGAUUUCUUGUUAGUCAUCUGGCGUUUGAGACUGUUCAAGAACAUAGUAAGUACAGCAUUGCAACUAAAAAACAACAAAUGUCAUCGAUUCAUUCAGUUUUGAUAGCUAGUAAUACUAGCCCAAAUCCGAACGAUCAGAGGACGGCACAAUAUAGCGAAGAAAGUAGUAGCAAGGUAGCUCAUCCUCUGGGGAACCAAGCUCCUAAUGCAAUGGCCAAUAUGGUUGACAACAUGGCUCAAAGAGGCAAACUUCAACAACCACCGCAUCCACCAAAUCAACGCCAACAAACUAAUGAUGGCAGGAGAAAUAGCAGCACAACGAAGCGUAAUCAUCAACACCAAGGACAAGUUUCAUUAGCAGUUACAAGAGAAAGCGAAAGUCCCGCUCUUAAAGCAGAGAUGAAGGCAAUGGCUGCCAGAGCCCUUUGGCAGCUCUCAAAGGAAAGUCUUAAUAUAUGCCGUAGCUUAACAGAAUCAAGAGCCCUUUUAUGUUUUGCACUGUUGUUAGAGAAUGGUCAUGAAGAUAUUCAAUCAUAUUCAGCUAUGGCAUUGGUGGAAAUCACAGCUGUAGCUGAGAAGCAUCCUGACUUGAGACGCACAGCUUUCAAGCCCACCUAUCCAGCUGCUAAAGCUGUUGUUGAAAAAUUGUUGCACGUAAUAGAAAAGGCCGAUUCAGACCUCCUGAUUCCUUGCAUUAAGUCCAUUGGGAGCCUCGCGAGGACCUUUCGAGCCUCAGAGACAAGGGUUAUCAAACCAUUGGUGAAGCUGCUUGAUGAAAGUGAACCUGAGGUUGCAAUGGAGGCCUCAAUAGCUCUUAACAAGUUUACAACAACUCAGAAUUACCUCUGUGAUGUUCACUCGAAAACCGUUAUCAGUGCAGGAGGCGCCAAGCAUUUGAUUCAAUUGGUUUACUUCGGAGAACAAAUGGUUCAAAUUCCUGCAUUGAUGCUUCUAUGCUAUGUUGCAAUAAACGUUCCUGAUAGCGAGACACUUGCAGAAGAAGAGGUGCUAAUAGUACUUGAGUGGUCGUUAAAGCAGGCACAUUUGAUUGCAGAACCCUCACUAGAAUACCUAUUACCGGAAGCAAAUAGUCGGCUGAAACUCUAUCAAUCCAGGGGAACAAGAGGGUUCCAUUGAAUAGGCCCUGUAACAAUACAUCAUUAUGAUUCAUACAAACAAUUUUUGUACUGCUAGUUCGUUUUCUCCACUCCCAUAAGAUGUAUAUAAAUGUAACAUUGUUGCGGUGACAAUCA